AUGAAUGCAGUUUACAUUUUUCCAAACCAUUCAAUUUCUCAGACAUGUUUCAAACCCAGGCAAUUUUUCAGUUUGGCAAGGGAGAGCACUUUGAUUGGAAGAAGUCCUGGUAUUCAGAUUAGAGGAUCGAGAUGGAAGGGAAGUUUUUGGUGGGGACUUGAGAGGGGAGAAGGUUGCAAGUUGUAUGACGUUGAAGGGAAAGAAUAUUUAGAUUUGAGUGCUGGGAUUGCUGUCAAUGCGCUGGGGCACGGUGAUGUAGAUUGGUUACAAGCUGUUGUUGAACAAGCUGCCACCCUUACUCAUACCAGCAAUAUAUUCUACACAAUCCCUCAGGUAGAACUUGCAAAGCGUCUUGUGGAUUCCUCGUUUGCUGAUCGUGUGUUCUUUUCAAAUUCUGGAACUGAAUCAAAUGAAGCUGCUAUAAAAUUUGCAAGAAAACAUCAGAGACAAACAACUACUAAUGGGAAGGAGCCAGCGACAGAGUUCAUUGCUUUUAGUAACUCCUUCCAUGGGAGAACCUUGGGUUCUCUUGCUUUGACAAGUAAAAUACAAUAUAGAACACCUUUUGAACCCAUAAUGCCUGGAGUGACCUUUUUAGAGUAUGGAAAUGCUCAGGCUGCAACAGAAUUAAUUAAGCAGGGCAAGAUUGCUGCAGUUUUUGUGGAACCCAUCCAAGGAGAAGGUGGAAUUUACAGUGCCACAAAAGAAUUUCUACAGUCUUUGCGCAAUGCUUGUGAUGAAGCUGGGGCACUUCUUGUGUUUGAUGAGGUUCAAUGUGGUUUAGGUAGAACAGGGUCUUUAUGGGCUCAUCAGACAUAUGGCAUUUUUCCUGAUAUGAUGACCCUUGCAAAGCCUCUUGCUGGAGGCCUACCUAUUGGAGCAGUUUUGGUGACGGAGAGAGUUGCUUCUUCUAUAAAUUUUGGUGAUCAUGGAAGCACUUUUGCAGGAAACCCUCUUGUUUGCAGUGCUGCUCUUGCUGUUUUUGAUAAAAUAUCAAAACCUGAUUUCCUUUCAUCUGUGUCUAAGAAAGGUCUGUACUUCAAAGAACUACUCAAACAGAAGUUGGGAGGAAACCCACAUGUGAAAGAAAUUCGUGGUCUUGGACUAAUCAUAGGAAUAGAUUUAGAUGUACCUGCCACGCCCUUUGUGGAUGCUUGUCGAAAUUCUGGCCUGUUAGUGUUAACUGCUGGAAAAGGAAAUGUAGUGAGGAUUGUCCCACCAUUGAUCAUAACAGAGAAGGAGAUCAAGCAAGCUGUCGACAUUUUGUUCCAAACUUUACAAGUUCUUGAUAAGUAGAAGGGAGGAGAAGAGGAUUGACAUUGCAAGCAAAAAUUAACUUAUUUGGUUGGGGAUUGUUGAUUAGUUGAAGUUUCAGAUGCCAACCUCACUACCUCCUUUUAAUGAAGAUGUUUUCAUGGUAAGAAUAUUUCAACAAUGCUAUUGCAUUCUGUUAGUAAUGCUUAGCCGAUGAGAUGGUUUGCAUGAUUCAUUCUCCUCUGCCACACUUUUACUUGUUGUCUUUUGUUACUAUGAAGUGCAAUAAUGACUGUAAGAUCUUCUCUGUUCCUAUUGUAACUUUUCUUUGGUAGAAAAUAUUAGUUGUUUUAGGAUGUCUUUGGAUUUGUCUGGACAAUAUAAGAGUUUUUACAUAUU